AAAGAAAAAAAAAAAAAAGAUGACAGAAAGUUUUGAUGAAACAAGUCAGGCUUAUAACAACAUUUAUAUGAAAGCUGAAGAUCCUGAAGAAGCUGAUGUUUCAUCUCAACUUCAAAAUCAAACUAAUAAAGAUUUAGAAAAUAACAAAGAAAAAUCAGCAUCUCGUCUUACUGAUCUUGAAGAAAAGAUCUUUACUCUUGAAGUAAUGUGUAAAGCAAAAGAUGAUCAUAUUCAGCGUAAAUAUACAUAUUUGUAUAUGUUAUCAAAUUAUUGAUCCCUUUAUUAGACUUACAAAAGUAUAAGUGUGAAUUAGAAGAAACGAAUGACAAACUUAAUAGCCUCAUUAUAAAACAGAAGGAAACAAUGAAAGAAUUACAAAAUAAUAUGAAAGAAUACCAAAUGAAAUACCGAAAAGAGGAAGCUGACAAUAAUUUAUUAAAGUCAGCGAUUACAGAACUUUAUGACACAAUAGAAAAAAAAGACCUUGAAAUUAGCGAUAUAAAAAAUGAAAAGCAAAGAAUAGAAUCAGAUAAUGCAAAAAUAUUACAGAAAAUAUGUGAACUAAAUGAAUUACUGGAAACUACAAAUAAAAAUACAUCAAAAAAAACAUAUCAAAGAUCAAGUGCUGAAUUAAAACAACUAACAAUGAAUACAAAGUACAAUAAACAAAUUAUAAAAGAUAGGAGACCCUUACAAAUGAUCAAUGAUAAUAUUGAUUCAACAUUGGAUUUGUUACCAAAAAAGAGAUCUUUAUCUCAAUUAAAUACAUGCGAUAACAAAAAUAAGUCGAUGAUUAUAAAUCGACAAUCUGUUAAUAACCCUAUUAUUAUUGAAGAUGACAAGGAAAAUGAAAAUGAGCCAGCUUCUUUCAACAAAAAAACUAAAACGAUUAAUACAAAGAUAGAAAAAAGCUCUACAACACCAUCCAAUAUCAAUAUACCCCCAUCAGUUACUAAUUCACGUCAUCAUCACGAUAGAUCUAAUAUGAAAGGAAGUACGUGUAUUUCUUGUGCGAAUUUUUAUGGUAAUGAAACACUAUCUGUUCAAUUAAAUAAUGAAGAAAUUCAUUUAACUGGUCAAGAUCGUGUCCAACUUCAUUCAAGGCAUCGUAGACAACGAGCGACUACACCACCAGGGUUUUGGUCUGUAGGCUUUGCUUCUCCACCUGAAAAAGAAUAGUAACGUAUUAUUUAUUUAUAUGCUUAUAAACUUGCUUGUAACAUAUAAUAAAUGGCUUAGAAAAAAAAAAAGACACAGCAAUGUGUACACGUAGGUUUUAUGUACAUACGAAAUAAUAGUAUCAGCUUUAUUGAAUCAAAGCUAUAAAAGACUGGAUCUAUUACUUUAUAAUAAAUAAAUACUCGAUAACUAAUAAUAUGA